AUGGAUCCCCGAUAUGUGAUGAAGGGGAUUGACUUCUCGCUGCCCCUGAGAGAGCGGGUGAUUGAGUACCAGAAGAAUUUCCUGGAGGACCCGAACUUCGACGGCUUCGACGCGUACGCGCUGAGGAACAACGUCCGGUGCAUUUCCGUCUCCCCGACUCGGACAGAAUGGGAGCUCGAAAUCCUCCCUCAUCUCUGCAACAAGGGCGGAAAGCUUCACGGAGGCGCCGCCUGCACGAUUCUGGACAACCUGACCACGACGACGCUGGUCGCAAGUGCCAGGCCGGGAUUCAUGGACGUCGGACACGUCAGUCGGAACAUCAACAUGACCUAUCUCCGACCGGUCGUGGAGGGCGCGACGGUGAGGGUGGUCUGCGAGCUGGUGGCGGGUGGUAGAACCCUCGUCAACAUGAAGGGAGAGAUUAUCCAAGACGGCAAGGUGUGUGUGACAUGUCUCCACGACAAGGUCUUCUUGCGUCAGCCGCCGGAACCCUCCAAGUUGUAG